GGCAUUCUUUAUCAUCGUAGGGAAAGGUAGCAAAAUCUUCUAGGCAACACAGGUGGACUAGCAGUUGAGUGUCGAACAUCUACCCGUAAACAUUUUCUGCUCCGCUAAAAGCUCUCGGUAUUUUCUAAGUGCCACCCCGCGUUAACCAGCAACCACUAGGCACCAGUACACCUGUCUGACCGGAACAUGACCGUCAAUCACAAAAAAACGCUGUGGAAUAGCUAUCGUUUGAUGUUAACUAUCAUCGUCCUGUCGGCGCUACUGAACUGCUCCGAGGGACAACGUAUCUCUAUUGUCGAGCGUCUCAAAGCAUUAGACAAAGGAAUCCGCCAAGGAUUACAGCGUCAAAAAUCUGAUUUGGCUAUUGCUGCACCUACUCCAUCCCAAGAUAGCCUUCCAGUCAAAAAUGGAAUUUACGAUCAAGAAGUAAACGAGGAAACUGCCAUCAGUCCGCAACAGGUAGCGGUCAACACUCUCAAGCCCGUAUUGGGACCCAAACCAGCCGAGAAGUUUAGUCAAAAGAUUGGAGAACAACAAUUGAGCGUGUUGCCAGAAGAUGCUAAUGGGACAUCGGACGUCGUUCGCCAGCUUACAGAAAGUUACGAAGAGGAAGAUGACACGGACGAUUUGGCUGACAUGGAAGUGAUGACAAGCAAGGAAGGAAAUCUGGCGCUUGAAGAGGGUACACGUGAACGAAAGAAACCAGUUGCAAAACCCACCAAGUACCAUUACUAUCCGCACAAUCAGCAUCUCUAUUUGCUGCCUGAAUGCGCUACCCAACAGGUAUGCAACGCUGUCUACACCAGGUUUAAUUUUACGCAACCACUGUGCGCCUGUGCCGACCGUUUCCAGGGUCCCUGUUCUGCUAGUAUCGCCCGAAAUGAUUUUCACACUAUCGAGGUUGGAAUGAAGAAAAACGCUAAGAAGGGAACUAGCAAGACCGCGCGCGGUUUCAAGUCCCCAACCUUGGUCAAAACUUGUGAAGAGACAAAGUUAAUUCGUGAAUGUCGCUCACCACAAGAUUGGGCUUUACUCGCACUUCAGAAUGUUCGCACGGGAAAGUCUCAGUACCUUGUCAUCUGUCGUUGCGAACAAGGUGAACUAGAUGGGCCCAUGAGCCAUGACCAGCCGGCCUACGCUCGUGUGCCCGGAAUCCGCGUUUAUGGCAUGAUGUGUAAUAGCGGGAACGCAACCAAUAACCGCAAUGGACGUAUUCAAAGAUCAACCGGUGCUAAUUCAUUGGAGUUUCCGUGGGAGAAAGCAAUUGAAUUUUCGUCGACACUCGACUGGGAAUAACGGCUGACCAGUCACACUGCUACGCUGCAUCGGCUAACAAGCAAAAAAAAAAAUUAUUUGUUAUUAAUUAUUAUUUAGAGCGGGGCAACAGCCAGUGCCCUUCAGAAGUUCGAUACUAUUUAAAUCACUUUCGUUCCAUUUGUUCCUUAUUGUUACCUUCUUGUGUAGUUAUACUUUUAAGUUGCUCUUUACUGUAUUUCCUUACAAAAUUGACUUAACAAGGUGUGCCCACUUCUCU